CUUAGCCUUUCUUUACUUGUUUUAAAUUAUUAUCAAACAACCUAAGGAACUUCCAUCGACUUAUUAUCUUAUCGGGAUCACAUUCCACUAAUUUUUUUAAAUUUUGAAUUAAUGGUUGUAAUUCUACAUUUUUUUGUGUUCUAAAAGAGCAUUACUUGGCGUUAUAAUAUUUAUAAGCUGCAAAUCUUCCCGGUAAAAAUCAAAUCUCGAUGGUCCGAUCGAUGAUGAUCAUAACUAGUUCAAUAAUCAGGUUUCAGGCAGAACUUCAAGACAUCAAAGUUAUGGCUGGGCGAUAGGAUGUCUUUUCAAUCAAUCGUUACUGUGUUUGAUGAAAAUUAAAUUGUGGAGUUUCCAAGUAUAUUUAUGCAUUUAUUAUUAUUUAUUUAUAUUAUAAAAUAUGCAACAGAUAUUGACGGCAUCGGUGGCAAGUGCCAACCUUUACACGUCGACAAAUUAUACUCGCAAUUAAAUAAUUUAUUAAAAAACAAUGCAUUUAUAAGCGCAUUCGAAUUGCAAUCCUAAACUCAGAAGAAUUUUGCAUUCAAAGCUUUUAGAUGUGUUUUCAUCUGCUACGUGCUUAAACGAAUAGAUUUUGUGGUCACAUAAAGAUAUCGGUCGGAUACAUACAUACGUACUGGUUCUGGUUCUUAAGAUAUUUCGAAGUCAACAACUCGGACUAUUAAUCCCAGGCAGAUAACGAAUAUUACUACUUAAACUUACUUUUAUUUAGAGUGCCCGAAGAAAAGUCGCAUAAGAUGCGUAACAUCGCCGAUUUAUAUUAUGGUCGAGGCAAGGAUGACUUCGGGACGAGUGAAUCGUUUGUGCUGUUAUUUCGUAGUUGGCGUUUACUUGGUUUCAUAACAGCAAAACCGUAUCGAAUCACCAACUUAAUGCUUGUAGUUUUUAUUUGGGCUUGUCUGAUUUUCAGUCCUAUAACCUAUUUUGGGGGUUUAGUAUUAGCUAUGAAAGAGUUACCAAUAACAGUCGUACUUUCAAUACUGGGCGUCGCUAUUAAUUGUCUUGCAUUACCGACGAAGGCGGUUUACAUUAGAGCCAAUUUAUAUCGUUUGUAUGAUGUUGAAACGAUUUUCAAGCGUUUAGAUGCACGUUAUCAAAGACCGCAAGAUCAGUUGCUAAUCAGAGAUUUGGUUAAAUCAUGCACACGAAUCUUCGGUAUCUUCUUCAUUGUCUAUUGGAUAUACGGUAUUGCAAGUGCGUUAGCAGGGCUUUUCGCACAUAAAUAUCCGCAUGACAGUUAUGUACCGUUUAUUGAUUGGAUGCCGAACUCAAAUUUAAAAUUUUGGCUUCACUUUAGCUUCGAGGUGGUCUAUGCACAAAUUAUGUUACAAACAAAUGUGACAAAUGACUCGUUUCCUGCAAUUUAUAUACAUGCCAUUCGUACACAUAUCAAACUCUUGACGGAACGUGUGAGUCGCUUGGGUACGAAUCCCGAUUUAAGUGAACAGGAGAAUUUUGAUGAAUUAGUCGACUGCAUCGUUACCCAUCAGGAAGUAUUAAAGAUUUCCAAGAUCGUUGGCUCGAUACUUUCGCUCACCACGUUCUUUCAGUUUACUGUUUAUGCGGCUAUUGUCUGCAUCUGUAUGCUCAACAUGUUCGUAUUUGGCGAUGCAACGACUAAAUUGGUCACGGUCUCGUAUAUUAUACCAGUAUUAUGGCAGACCAUACCCACCUGUUAUCAAGCUUCGAUGCUUGUGACCGACUGCACUAAAUUACCACUGGCAAUUUUCCAUUCUAACUGGUUGGCAUUGGAUAAACGUUGCCACAAGUUGAUCAUCUAUUUCAUGCAACGCACACAGGACGAGAUCUCUUUCACCGCAAUCAAAAUGUUUCAAAUUAACCUGGGAACUAACUUAUCGAUCGCAAAGUUUUCGUUCACUUUGUAUACCUUCAUAAAUGAAAUGGGAUUUGGUGAGACUCUAAAAGAACGACUGGAGUAAAGGCAACAUUUUAAUAAUUAACGUCUUUGGAACAAAAUAGAGUAGAAAUAUACUCAUCUGUUUCAAAGAUUUGAUUUGUAGUGAGUUCGAAACUAUCUCUCCUCCCGCCCCUGACGUGACGUCACCCAUUUUCUAAUUUUAUGGAUUUAUCAUAAAAUAAAAAAAAAAAACAGUUUCUUCUAUUGAUUCUUAAAUUUAUUGUAUAAUCUUUAAUAAAAUCAACAUUGAGUUAAAUAUUAAAGUACAGAUACAACGGAUGACUAGUCAAGAAAUAAUAGAUACUUAAUUAUGCUAAUUAAAAAUACAAAACUUAAACAUCUUAUGUCCAUGGAUUUUUGACCCAUUUCUUUAUAUCAUUUAUUAUUGGUAAAUCAGGCACUUCAUUUUCGUUCUGAAUUUGGAUGUCAGGAACAUCUUUCCCAUCAACAUCUUCUUCUUCCAUCCAUAAAGCAUCGUCAUCAUUCAUUAAACAGAGAAUCUCUCGGGCACGUCUAGCCGCAAUUCUUUGAGGACGAAUUUUCGCGAUAACAGCUCUUAAUUUUUAUGUGAUUGUUUGUGUUGAUUGGUGGCUUUAUAUGAACAAAAAUAUAGGCCACAUAUGCUACACGAUCUUUUAAAUAAGUAUGACUCGAUACUAGGGUAAUAACUAUCAUAUGGAACUUGUUUAGAUGGGAUGAUGCUUGGAGAUUUAAUAAUAUCUGUAGUAAUAAUGGAGCAAAGUUAGCGUCGUUGUCAUCACUCCAUGUGACGCCAUAACCUUCUGAUGUCUGUUUAAUUAACACAGGUGGUGGGAAA